ACCACCGUCUGGCCACCUCAGACUGCCAGACUAGUCUCAUCUAAAGCGGUUGUUCACGUUGGUGACAUUUCUGGCCUCACUUUCCCUCGAUGGUCGAUCACUGCCGCAAAUCGAAGAGGUUUCCAGGUCGGCAGCAACCCUACUUAAACUUUCUCCUCCGGCCACCUCAGGCAGCGGCACUACUUGGGUUUUGCAGCCCUUAUCAUUCUGAUCAUCCAAGUAUAAGCCAUCAACAUCUAAUCGGCCGGAGAAAGGAGAAUUGCCGACUUGAAGAUUUUUGGUUCCGGGAUCAUUCGAGGUUUGCUUCAGAGGCUCUGAGCAAGCGUGGAGCUUUGGGAAGCACCAAAAACACUGAAGAAGGGAAGGAGGACUCUUUCGUGUUCUCGAGGUGCUUCUCUCUGUCAUCAAGAUCCUCCUCCAAGGUCUCCUCCACCUUGGAGCUAGUAGGGGGAGAAUCUUGGAUCGGAUGGUUGUAUAUUCCACCUAUGGCCAUGUGACAAAGUCUCUCAUCAUCAGCUGUUGUUUCUAUGAAGCGUUCAAAGGAAGCUGAUCAAGAAAAACUAGUAGUGAAGGGAAAGAAGACUUGCCCAAGAGCUCAGCUGGUUCUGUUCAUGGAUCCAAGAACAACUCUGCAGGCCUAGGCAAGAUUGGUGUUAGUAAACAACCGAUGUUAGUCAUGUCACAGAACGAUUUGGCGGAGCCAUCUUCAGCUAUGAGGUGGCCUUGCCCCCACUCCUCCACAACCCCCAACCACCACCACCAAACCCACAACCACCCAAAAAAAAAAAAUUUGGGCAGCUCCGCCAUUAUGCUCAUAAGGUUUACUUGAACAAGAAUAGUAAGAGCUGGAAGGCUUCUAAUCCCUACAGGUAAGACACGAUUGGGUUCUCCGUUCUUUGCCAUGGUUAGGCCACUGGCGAUGUUCUUUACCGCCUCUGCCUCGGCUUGAUUGUCAAUUUUUGGAGAAGAAAAAACACUAUUACACUGAUAGUUUACAAGUUACUAUAACUAGAAGAAGAAAGUGGCCCAAAGUUAACGUCCAUGCAACA